AUGAACAUGCGAGGGGUGCUUCUGCAACGGGGCUUCCCAAAGUUCGGACUGGAGCACGCCAACUGGCCACUCACGAUCGGCCAACUCGCCAAUUCCCGACAGAAACCGGCAGGUCUGACUCGACGCUCGAGCGCCGACAAACUGGCGGUCGAGUCCGGCGAACUCACCUUCGCGCCGAGCGAGCCGGCGUCACGAGCCGGCACGGCCAGUGCAGGCGUCGGUGUCGGCGUCGGCGUCGGUUUACGGUUCCCGGGACCCCUGGGGCCCGAGGAUCCGCGGCCCUGUCUGACGGGAAUGGCGCGCCGAGGUAGCAAGCGCAAAGCCGGCGUCGGCGGCGAGGCGGCGGUCUCGAGCAAGCGGCGGCUCGCCGUGCCGCCCGAGGCCUGCCGAACGGACUCGGAGUCGGAGCGGUCGGCGCGGCCGACGCGACUCGACGCCUACGCGUCGGCCGGU